AUGGUUGGGUGGUCCAUCACGACCGGCAGGCCCAUUCCGGGCAAGGUUCCGAGGAAGGUUGCCCAAAAGGGGAGUACAUCAGGGAGGCAGGCCAACCAGUCUCCCCGGAGAACACGCUCUUCGAAGGUUCAUCAACCACAGGCCCCGGCCUCCCGAGUUCCUCAGGCCCUUCCGGACAAGUCAUCUUCUGGUUCAUCGAUCGGCUCCGAUGAUUCAAUCAUGAGGGAGAUUGACGAGGUGCCCGAGGUUCCAUCCUCGGAGGAGGAGGGGAAUUCUUCUCCAGCUGUAAAGGUUCUUCCUCGUGAUCCUCGGACGAGCCCUUCCUUCGCCGGUUCGGGCGCCCGUUCGCCUCCCAUUUCUUUUGAAGACGUCGCCGAGGACGUGGCCACCGCUGCAGUCAUCAAGGUGGUAGAGGACUCUCCUACCUCUCCAAGUGAUCUCAACCCUCCUCCCCAACCUGCUGACGAUCCGGUUAUUCAACCUGGGGCGCCCCUACCUCAGCAGAAAGGGAAGAGGGUCGCUCCGGGGGCCGAGGAAGGCCCCGAAUCCAAAAAACUUCGAGCUCAACGGGAUAGCAGCUUUAUGCUCGGCCGGAUAUUGGCCAUGGCCAAAGUUUACACUCCUCCUGGCAACCAGAAUCCUCCCACCACCGCCUCUCUUCUUGCACUUACCAUGUCGGUGGCUUCUCCGGUCGAACCUGUGGCUCACCCGGAGGCUGAAGGGAGCCCCGGAGUCAACAUUAUCGGGGGAGACGAAAUUCCUGGCAGGGGGUCACCAAUUCAGUCACCAUUGAGGGCGGAGCCGGAUACAUUCUCUCAGGAGUUCAAUAAACUGCAAGAAGAGGUGGCCUCCGACAGGGAGGCGCUCGGGCAGGUCUCUCCAACGCCCGCUUUUUCCAUCGGACCUGAGUCUUCGACCCCAAUUCCGGUCCCCACAUCACCCCAAGCUUCUACUUCCGUUCUCCCUUCCGACUCUGCAACUGCUGGACGACGACAGGACUUUCAGAUCCACGGACUGGCAGGGUGUCCCCUGGAAGCUCUGAACUCCUUAGUCACCCCGGACUACAGCCCCCUAUUCGGGGAGCUCCCAGUGGAGGGCUAUGCCGAGCAGCUUACCGGGAAGAUUCUUCAGUUCGCCGUGGACGUUGCCACAUCCUGGAAGAGUCUUCGGGAACCCGAGCAAGACCAACGCGAGGCCAUUCAGUCCUUACAGGCUCGUGUAAAAGAAUUGGAAGAGGAAUCCCGGGGUCAGAGGAGGGCUUUGGCUGAGUCCGAGAAGCACCGGUUGAGGCUCCAAAAACUAUCCGAACUCCAGGAAAGCACGCUACAGAGCACUUUGACCAGCUGUGAAAGAAUGGUCCACGAUAUGGAGAUCCUCGAAGGCAAUCUGUCCGAAGCCCAAGCUCGGCUGAAAGGCGCUCUUUCCGAGAAGGCCAAGCUCGAGGCCACGUUGGGGGUAGAGCUUCAGUCUUCGGGCUCCUUGCGGGCAACUGUUCAAUCCUUACAAGCCGAGAAUUCGGAGUUGAAAUCUGAGCUGCAAUCCACUCGAGCGGCGAGAGACCGAGCUUUGAUCGACAAUGAAAAGCUUGCCGAGGAAAGAAAUCAAGCAUUGUCCGAGAAGGGGAUAGCCCUCACUGCUAGGGACAGGGUUACGUCGGAGCUCGAACAAGCCAUCGCUGACAAGAAGCAAGCUCUCGACGAACAGACUAGUGCGUACCAGGAAAGGAGAGAAGCUGUGGAGAGGAUGGAGGAGCUCCACCUUCAAGUGGUUGAACUUACCAGGGAGCUUUCCCAAGUCCCGGAGCUCCGAGAUACGUCAUGGGCCGUAGGCUUCAAUUGGGGCUUCGAACACUUAAGGGGUGUUGCCAGAAGUGCUCCUCCCGGCGACGAGUCCUUCAAGGAUCUCGACAUUAGCACCAUCCAGAUCCCGGACGAGGCCUUGGAGACCAUGGCCAAGCUAGGGGUCGAUCAGUUCCCUCAUGUAACCGAUUGGAGCCCGAAGACCUCGAAACCCUCUCCGGCCGGAAACUCAGAGUCGGGGUCCACUUCCUCUUCAUCUAGAGAAGAGGCUCCUUCCUCCAGCCGCCCCGGCCACCCCGGAUAA